AUGGAUGUGCAAGGUGCAAAAGCAAAAGAGUCAGUCAAGUGUGGAGAGGAGAAGCCUAACUGUAGUCGCUGCACCCGACUUGGGGUCCGGUGUCCUGGGUAUGUGCAGUCACUAAAAUGGGUCACCGAAUAUGUGCAGUCUAGCCCGGGCGCGUUAUCAGAUGGCCAACCGCCUAGCCCGGAACCAACUCCAUCAGUGCCGAGGGAAGCUCCUGCUGCAGUGGGUGAUGCACCGUCGCUAGAUAGUACGAACCGCGAUGCGCAUCUACAGCCAGAUGAUGUAGGAUUUGAAAUAGAUGACACAAACGCUAUUUGCGACAAUCUUUGGGAUCUUCCGGGGAAUCGUUCACUGCCAGAUUUAACCGAUCUCUGUCCAUCUUCUCCAAUCCCGAUAUCACCGUCGGGUUUCUCGCCGAAUAAAAAUUUGCCAUAUGACCUACCUUCAUCGGGCGAUAUGACGGUCGAUGUAUCCCAUCUGUUAUCGCUGAUUGGCCCUCCACAAGAGAAUCUUGCCAAUGAUGGGAGUGUUUACCCAGAUUUCUCGCCUUCAAGGAUCGUCCGCAGCCACCUACCUGCUUCACAACGUUCUACUUCGCGAAACACCAUGUCAAUAUCUCGUCCUUUGAACAACCCAUCAUGGACCCUUAUUGAGUAUUAUUUCAAAGAGGUUGCGGCUCUCUUCUCCAGCUAUGAUAGCCAGAUGAACCCGUUCCGCACGACCGUCUCCAGACUAUGGGGCUCAUCAUUGGCUAUGUGCCGUACAAUGCAAAGCAUGGCAGCUGCAACUCUUGUCAACGACUUCCCACAGUUUGGCCCAAUAGGCCGAAAAAUGAGGGACGAAGCUGUCAAUAUCAUCACACUCGAGGCAGUCAUGGACGACAAGUCUUUGUUAGCGCUCCUCAUGCUUGGCCAGACAGCAAGUUGGCACGAUCCGAAAGACUUGGGAAUUUCCUUCUUCAAUUUACUCCGGAAGCAUCUCAACUCAAUCUCUGACGGAUCUAGUACGGAACCUAUCGGCGUCCCGAACAGCCGCAGUAAUAAUUAUCGCUUUUUCGAGGAGGCUCUUGUAUACUGGGAGAUGCUCCUCUCUUUUGUCUCAGACAAUGACUCCACGAUGUUUUCUGAUACAUCUCGUGCCUCGCUUACGAAUGAAACUCUUGUUCUUCAACGCGUGCCCCACCCGUGGACUGGCAUAGCACGAGAUGCGCAAUUUACUGUACAUGAAGUGGGCCGCCUUGUCCGCAAAGAACGGCAACGUAUCCAUUCUCGAAAUUUCACAUCCCAGGACGAUAUAAGACGUGCACAGAUUGCCAUCGAAAAGGCACAUCAGUUAGAAGACCGCUUAUUAAACCUGGCUCAUCUCACAGAAGCAGAGAUUGUCAGCACCGGGGAUGAUGAAACUCCAAUCUGGCAUCUCCUUACUGUCGCUGAAGUAUAUCGGUGUACGGGGUUAAUCCAGCUAUAUCGCGUCUUCCCAGAUUUACUCCGUGACCGUCUCCAAAAUCCAGUGGCGGCUCAUUUCCCAGAUUUUUCGGCGGAAGCAGUCGGCGACCCGUUCUUCCCAAUUGAUUUAGACUGCAUGAAUCUGCCUUCGGGCUUCGGCGAACCAUCAGACAGUACUACGCCUAACAAAAGCAAACCACCCCAUCAAAACGCACACAUAUUCCCUCCCUGCUCACAUCAUCAUAUUCCUCGGGUACCCGAAUCCACAUCCCAGGAAACCCCACCGGAUUCACUCUACGACACCUGGCUCACCGAUUUUGCCGUCACGCUCCUCUCACGCCUGAAAACCAUUCCCUUCGAAUCCCGUACCCGCUGCCUCCAACCAUUACUACUGGUAGCCUCAUGUAGCGAGCUACGUCUGCCACGACUGGAUACAAGGCACCCUCGUGCCGAAUUUGAAAUUCAUCAACAGGAUGACCCCACGGAUGACCAGGCUGGAUCUGGUACCGAAACGCCAAACAUUUCAAUGGAGGCCAUUGAAGUCUCCCAGACACGGAAGUUUAUUCUCGGUCGUCUCACGUCUUUCCUGCAUGUUUUGCCACCUAAACCAAUAAAUGUUUGCGUAAAACUUGUGAAGGAAGUUUGGAGGCGGAUGGAUGCCGGAGAAGCUGAUAGUUAUUGGAUCGACGUCAUGAUUGAAAAGGGAUGGGAGACAACAAUGGGGUAG